AUGGUAUCCAAAAGAAAGGGUCCUCAACCGAUUGGUGAGGAAGAUGAUAAGAGUUGUGAUGAAGAGAACCUUGUAGAAGGUGUAGAAGAGGAAAAUCUUGGUAGUAAAGACGAUGAACACAUUAAUCAAGAGGGAGAAGAGGGAAAUAAGGAAUAUGAGGAAAGUGAUGAUGAUGAGCAACCAAUGGAGCCAAUGGGGAUGUUCUUUGCUCCAAGUGAAUAUUGUAAGAGUAUUAGGGUAGGGUCGCGGUGUCGGCUGAAUGAUACGUUGGAUUUUAUGAAACCAUUUGAUGAAGUGCAAUGGUUUGAGGAUCAUUCACAGUUUAGGCAUGUAUUCCACAUGCCUAGACAAGGAAACCACAUGUCUCAAGGCUUCUUGAUGCUCUUGCUUCACACUGCAAAAACGAAGAUUGAUAGCGAAUGCUGGUUUGUGGUUAAUGGAGUGCCGAUUAGGUACUCCAUUAGAGAGCAUGCGCUAUUAACCAAAUUUGAUUGCAAUGAGUACCCCGAGGGUUAUGAUCCAAGUGAGACUGUCUCUCAUAAAGAUUUAAAGUGGGCUAAAAGGGUUUUUGGUAAGGCUGCUGUUAAAAUCACAGAUGUGAAAGACAAGUUGGGGAAUAAGGGGAAGAAGGUCUCUGAAGGUGAUAGGAAAAAUUUGCUUAUUUUGCUAUUUUUAAGCAAUGUGAUAGCUGCUUCAUCGAAAGGUGAUGGGAAUAUUGAUCGUUUCUUGCUGAGAAUGGCUGAUGAUGUGGAUGCAUCCAAUACGUUUCCUUGGGGCCGUUACACAUUUGAUGUGUGUCUGAAAGGGAUAAAGUCGAUACUCAGGAACAUGAAAGGCAAAGUGGAAGCCAAAAAGCAGAAGAAUUUCUCUGGAUUUAUUACUCCUCUAGAGAUAUUGACAUUUGAGGCUAUCCCACAGCUCGCAUGCAGGUUUCGAGAACGAGUCACUGCUGAGAAUGUGUGUGGGCGAAUGUGCAAAAGGAAAUUCAAAAGUAUUCUGAUGAAAGGUUUCCCAUUGGAUGAUAUAAACGAAGAGCUUCGAAGAUUGAAGCCGGAUGAUGAAGAAAAAGUUUGGUUGCCGCGUGUAGUAGAAGAAGAUGAUGUUGAUGCGGGUGUUGGUUUUUUUGAUUUGGUUGUUAAUAUGUGGAGAGCUCGCCUAAUUGGAGAGAUGAAGAAGAUAUUCUGGAAGAAUAUGUAUGACGCAAAUGUGGAAGGUCGAAGCGGACAUCAAACUGAGGAGGAAAAGGUGGAAGAGACUGUUUCUGGAUUAGGAGAGGAUAUUCAGUCCUUAAAGGAAACCAUGGAUAAAGGUUUUCAGCAAAUUAAGGAUAUGUUGGGAGACCAUAAUUGGAGAAUUCAAAGACUUGAAGUUUCUAUUUCAGAGUUAUUAACAAGGAAAGAAGGUGAGGAGCAUGUGUCUCCAAAGGCAACUGAUGACAAUGUGUCUCCACCAAAGGAAACUGAGGAGAAUGUGUCUCCACCAAAGGAAACUGAUGAGAAUGUGUCUCCAAAGACACCUGAGGAGAAUGUGUCUCCAAUGGCAUAUGAGGAGAAUGUGUUUGCUGGUCCAAGUGGANAUCAAACUGAGGAGGAAAAGGUGGAAGAGACUGUUUCUGGAGUAGGAGAGGAUAUUCAGUCCUUAAAGGAAACCAUGGAUAAAGGUUUUCAGCAAAUUAAGGAUAUGUUGGGAGACCAUAAUGGGAGAAUUCAAAGACUUGAAGUUUCUGUUUCAGAGUUAUUAACAAGGAAAGAAGGUGAGGAGCAUGUGUCUCCAAAGGCAACUGAUGACAAUGUGUCUCCACCAAAGGAAACUGAGGAGAAUGUGUCUCCACCAAAGGAAACUGAUGAGAAUGUGUCUCCAAAGACACCUGAGGAGAAUGUGUCUCCAAUGGCAUAUGAGGAGAAUGUGUUUGCUGGUCCAAGUGGAGGUGACACAUCCCAAGAUAUGGUUGUUUACGGUGGAGAUACUACAAUGGGUAUGUUGUUUCUUUACUUUUAA